AUGCAGCAGGCCGCUCUGAAAGUCUCCCAGGGACGCCUGCUGUUCCUCUCAUGGAAUGCUGGAGGCUUGUCCCACGCCCUGUGGCAGGAAUUCUUGCUGACACUUGAAAACAUGCCACCUGACGAACGACCCCAAAUCGUGUGUGUACAAGAAACACAUUGGACGGACAAGGUGGCGCCAACAUUCCCCACUGCUACCUGGGAUGUGUACACCUCCCCAACCACAGACAACAAAUCUGCUGGACUCCUGAUUCUUCUCAAUAAGAAUACUACCCGCAACUGCAGAAUUGUUUACGCCGACCCUCAACCGGGCAGGGUGCAACACUUGAGGAUACUCCACGACAAAUGGGCAGUUGACCUGCUGCACAUCUAUCAAAAGCCGCACAACUCUCAUCCGCUCGCACUGCAAUCCUCGAAAACCAUACGUUUAGCUGUCUGGGAGUGCAUUGGCAAGAUCCUGGCAGCUCUGCCUGCCCGAAACACAGUGAUCAUGCUUGGAGAUUUUAAUACUCAGAUCAAGCCGUGUGCUGCAGCCGGCACCAGGAUCUGUUCAGGCACCAGCACGAGCACACAUCCGCCUGACCAGGCAAGGUUGCAGCACCUUGUUGAGGACUUCUCCCUCUUACACCUCAACUCAUGGUGCAAAGCGGCUGGCCCUACAUACCAUCACAACAAAGGUGCUAGCCUUAUUGAUCAUAUCAUCAUGCGUUCCAGCCAAGCGGAUGAUCGUGCUAGGCAGGCGAGACCGCUCCGCCUGGGACUGGCUGCCUGGAGACUUGGUGGAUAUCACCUGCCACUGAAGGCCAGCAUCCCGCUUCAGCGUUUCCACACUCUUAACAAACCGGUGGCACCACAACGGGCAUGGGACCAUUGGGGCCUGAUUCAGGUUUGCCGCUCUACCUGGGAUCCGAGAGUUCAAAGUCUACGCUCUGCUGUCCAGGCGUCCCUACCAGGGGUUCAUGAUCUUGGGCAAUUGCAUGAAACUCUGAUCCACUGUGCCUCCCAAUUCUUCCCGCCACCCGCAGGACAGCAUCGGCUGGCACUAUGGCAAACACCGCCUAUGCAGGAUGGUAUUCGCUCCAUGUGGCAGGCCUACCGAGUCUGGAAGACAGCCAAAGCUCAAGCUCAGCAUAAUCCGCUCUAUGUUUCCAGGUGCUACCAUCACUUCAAGACGGCACACAAGGCCUUUCGUCGUGCCGGGAAAGAAGCCAAAAAGCACUGGUUCCAUGGCAGGCUACAGGAACUCCAGACUGCUGCCAGUUCAGGCGACUCUCGCAAGCUAUAUGCUGGCAUUCGUACCUUAGCUCCCAAAUCCUCCAAGCCGAAGGUUCAACUGCGAGAUUCUGGCGGACACCUGCAGGAUCCCAAGACCCAGCUAAAACAGCUGGAAACGCACUAUCGCAAAUUGUAUGCUGCGGACGAGGAUGGCAGCAUACAGGGCCCCCAGCGACAGCCCAUUCACAUUGAAGUCACGGAGGCCGAAAUGACCCUGGCUGACCUCGGACCUUGUUGCGCCUCUCUUGUGCCAAUGGUGCCGGCAAUGGCCUCAAAUACCAGAGCUUUGGAGAAGCGCAUGGUUGCGAAAUUGCGCCCCUACGCCGAGAGAUUCCUUGCAGACCAGGCACAAUUUGCAUAUCUGCCGGGUGCACAACUAUCGCUGGACCUGUCCAGUGCUUUUGACCUCAUGGACUGGCGCCUGCUGGACAAGGCUUUACUAGCGUCCGAUGUUCCGGCUGAGCUCAGACACCAAAUCAUGUCCUGGCACUCUGAAAUCUCCUAUGUCCUUACUCACCUUGGGCACACUGCCAAGGUGGAGGCCCAAAGAGGACUUAGACAAGGGUGUAAACUGGCUCCGUUGCUCUGGACACUCGCCCUAGCACAGAUAUAUCGUGAGAUCCUUGCUGAGGGGGACCCGCUUCUCACAGCACCUUGGCUAGAGCAAUGCUCCACGAUUUAUGCUGAUGAUAUACACCUCAAGGAUACUGUGCAGAACACUCGUGAGCUGGACGACAUGGUGUAUCGCUUUAGUAAGAUCCUCGAUGCCCUU